AUGGGCAACAGCCACUCAGAGCAGGAGCAACAGUCAGAGAAAAGCCUCGUGAGGGGCGACACUGAGAAGGGAAAAGCGAAAGAGGCAGAAAAGACCACCACUAAGGUUUCCACCCCCAAGCUCUUAAGCCCUGUGCCACCCAACAACGUCUUUACCAAAACCUCAGCCACAGGGCCCAUCAUCGCAGGAGGCAGCCCUGGCCCCCAACCCUCAGCCAACACAGCAGAGACCAGCACCAGUGGCCCCCAACCCUCAGCCAACACAGCAGAGACCAGCACCAGUGGCCCUAAACCCUCAGCCAACACAGCAGAGCCUAGCACCAGUGGCCCUCAACCCUCAGCCAACACAGCAGAGGCUAGCGGCAGUGGCCCCCAACCCUCAGCCAACACAGCAGAGACUAGCAUCAGUGGCCCCCAACCCUCAGCCAACACAGCAGAGCCUAGCACCAGUGGCCCUAAACCCUCAGCCAACACAGCAGAGACCAGCACCAGUGGCCCCCAACCCUCAGCCAACACAGCAGAGACUAGCGGCAGUGAAAGCACCAAGACCCAGCCCACCCCCACUGCCCCAGCCAAGACCCAGCCAACUCCCACUGCCCCAGCCAAGACCCAGCCCACCCCCACUGCCCCAGCCAAGACCCAGCCAACUCCCACUGCCCCAGCCAAGACCCAGCACACCCCCACUGCCCCAGCCAAGACCCAGCCAAAACCCACUGCCCCAGCCAAGACCCAGCCAACCCCCACUGCCCCAGCCAAGACCCAGCCAACCCCCACUGCCCCAGUCAAGACCCAGCCAACCCCCACUGCCCCAGUCAAGACCCAGCCCACACCUACCAUCCCAGGUAAGACCCAGCCCACACCUACCAUCCCAAGUAAGACCCAGCCCACACCUACCAUCCCAGCCAAGACCCAACAAGAUCCUCCUCCUCAAAAUAUCACUGCCAGGUCACCACUGAUUAGGAUUAGUCAACCCGAUGGAACACGUAUUACCCUUGAUGAACUGAAGUCUAAACUUAGAACCCUUUGUGGUGACACUCACAGCAGCACGGGCACAAGCGGCAGCACGGGCACAAGCGGCAGCACGGGCACAAGCGGCAGCACGGGCACAAGCGGGAGCACGGGCACAAGCGGGAGCAUUGAGGAUAGAAAGUCUUUGCCUAUAUCACCACCAAUGGUUACUAAACCCCAGAGGAGAUCCAGGAGACCAGAUGGAACAUCUAUUACUCUUCAUGAACGGAAGGAUGGACUUCCAGAGAACAAGAAAACCAGCACCCCUAGUGGUGACACUGGCAACAACAAGGGCACAAUCAGCAGCACACCCACUGGUUCUCUCAAAGUGCCUCCAAACUUUGUGCUCUCCAAAAAGAUUCUGAAAAAGAUUGAGCAUAGGAUGGAGUAUGUGAAGAAGCAGGAGAGUCUGCCUCCCCCUCCCAGCCCACUGAGGCAGGCGUCAGUCAGGGCAGCUCUGAACGGAGUCCCCUUCAUCGAGGCUGUCAAAACUUCCACGCCUAAAGUCAAGCCUGCUCACAGAGAGGCAAAGGCCCAGAAAGCCAAGACCUCCAAAUCAGACUAUAACUUCAGCACUGCUGCCCAGACAAUACAGCCAGCAUGCCAGCCACAGCACAACCCAGAGCCUGCUAGCAAACCAGACAAACCACCUGGAACUUCAGCAGCACCCGUCCCAAAUGCUGUCUCACCUGUCCCAAACAACUUGUCCUUUUCUCUUGGGACAACCACACCUUCAGCACAAACCCAGAAAGAGAAACGGUCUAAAACCCAACCUCAGACUAAAGCAGCCCCUGAGGCUCAGGGCGCUGGUAGCACCUCGACCAGUUGCACCACGAGCAUCACCGGUAAACCAGCGGGGACAGGAAGCAGCAGCCAGCUCACCUUCUCUCCCAACUCUGUGAACGGACGUGCCCAGGCUGCCAGACUGAGGCUGAAGCAGAUGAGAGAGGACAGGUCCAGGGCCCAGCCAGCAGAGGACAGGUCCAGGGCUCAGCCAGCAGAGGACAGCAAAGAGGACAGGUACAGGGCUCAGCCAGCAGAGGACAGCAGAGAGAACCACCUCUCGACAGAGCCACCCAGAGCUUCACAUCGAGCACCAGUUCAACCCCCACCACGACCCCUCACACCAGGACCAAGCCAAUAUCGAGGCCCUAUCACCAUCAAGCAGGGACAGAAGCCCUCAAGAGGACAGCCAGAAGCCAGACCCACUACAGAGGGCAAGAAACAGCCAGAGGUCAAACCCUCAACAGAGAGCAAGAAACAGCCAGAGAUCAAACCCUCAAAAGAGGGUAAGAGUCCACAGCAGCUGCAGGAGGGCAUCAGGGAAGCAUCAGGAUUCACCAGGACACACUACACUAACUGGUACAUAUCUAAUGACCAGUUGUCCUCCUUUACAGAGCCCAUGGUUGCCGAGGCAACACAGCUGAUGGACAGGUAUCAGAAGUAUUGUAAUGAGUUCCAUUAUCCUGAUGGCAGAGGUGUGGUAGACUUCUCCAAGUUCAGCAUGUCUACAACACUUGGCGGUAAGGUGAGGGAGGUGGAUGAUCCUACAGAGGUAAACACAGCCUUUGAGGAGUGGUACAGUGGCAUCAACCCUUUCACACCUAAAACUACUACUGACAUACCCACUACCCAGCUACCCCAAGCCUCAGACUCAAAACCCACGCCAGAUGCCCCAGCCAAGGCUCCUCCCGCUCAGUCCAGGAGGGCAGAAAAGGUGAAGAGAAAGGAUACCAAGAAAGAGGAACAAAUUGAGGAUAUCCCACCAGCCUCUCCCCAGUCUCCCAAGUGCCCUCCCUACCCAUCAGGCUGCUGGCACCCGUUCACAGUGGAUAAGUCCUGCUCGCGCCAGGCCCGCUGCCAGCACCGUGCCACUAACGCAGCGCUGCCACCAAACGUCACCAAGUGGUUGAACGUGAGGAGGAACUACCUGUGUGAGCCCCUCUGGGUCACCACGGCAACCCUAGCCACCUCCCUAGCACUGAGAGAGAGAGAGGAGAGACUCGCUAGUAACACACAUUCAUUCACAAAUACUGGAGGAAAUAUUUAUACCGAGUAGUACAGUAGUCAUGUUAAGUCACCUAUUAAAUUACACUGUAGACCAUAAGUCAGGAACAAAAAGAUUUUAUUAUUUUAAAAAUGUCAAAAAUGUUGAUAAUCUUUCAGAAACAAACAUUUGUAUUUUCCAGAUCAAUUAGAUUACAAACCAUUGAGGAGGUGGAGCAAGACAUUAAACAAAUACUUUUACAGCAAUUCUCUUUGUCAGUUGCCAGGAGACGAGGCCAGGGCAUUGAAGAUGAUACCUCAGAGGACAAGGAGAAGCCAAAUAAGCAGGUGUAAUAAUGCAGGACAUCAACCAUUUAGAGACAUAUGGAAGACCACCACUGUAUUGGCCACUGUGCUACAGCACACUAUGAAUUAGUAAAAUGGCUAAAUAUACCCUAUUCCCUAGACAUAAACUCUCCAAAAACAUUCCUCAAAGCAGUCAGGGUAAAUAGAAACUUGGACAUUAGAAUGUGCCAACACAUUAAUCUUUAAACUCGGGGGAAUUCCUAAAAAAGGUGGACAAAGCAGUCAGGAGCCACUGAACAGACUGACCUUAGAUGUGAAGUGAUGACUUUAUUUCAGUACAUUUCACUGCGAUGCGUAAAACACUCCGUCAGACUAGGAUGUAAAAAAUAAUAA